CAAUAUUAAAUGGAUAACUAUGAUGCCAUUAUAGUCGGUGCAGGUAUCGCAGGUCCUCCAUUAGCAGCCGCUUUAUCUAAGCAGAACCGUAGAGUUUUGUUAAUCGAACGAGAUUGGUCUGAACCCGAUAGAAUCGUCGGAGAACUCUUGCAACCAGGUGGUCUCAACGCUCUCAAAGAGUUAGAAAUGUCUUCUGCUUUAGAAAACAUAGACAGCAUACCUGUAGAAGGCUAUUGUGUCAUUUACAAUAAGGAGCCUGUUCAUAUUCCAUACCCAUUCAGCGAUCUAUCGUCCAAGCGUCAUCAAGGCAGGUCAUUCCAUCACGGUCGAUUCAUACAAGGUCUUAGAGAGCUAGCAAAGCAAGAAAAAUCUAUUACUACUGUAGAAGCCACAGUAAAAUCACUCAUGAUUGAUAAUGAUGUCGUAAAGGGUGUUUCAACAUCAGAUGGGAAGUCUUAUAAAGCACCUAUUACAUUCAUAGCGGAUGGCUGCUUCUCUAACCUUCGUAAAUUUGCUCUCAAGGAGGCACUCCCCCCAAAAACGUGUUCCUGGUUCGUUGGUUUAAUCCUACACGAUUGUGAACUACCAAAGAAGUAUCACGGGAAUGUCAUCCUAGGUGAUAACCACGCUUGUGUACUUCUUUACCAAAUUGGUAACAACGACGUACGCAUUUUGAUGGAUGUCAGAGGUGAUAGACCAUCAAUACCAAAAUUACCUGAUCAUAUAAAGAAGGAUAUUCUUCCACAUCUUCCAGAAUCAGUUCAGCAACCCCUUUUAAAUGCUCUCAGUGAUCCUGAACAAAGGCUUAGAAUUAUGCCAAAUAGUUACAUGCGUCCAACUUCCCGGAAUGCGAACACACGUAAAGGAGUCUUACUCAUAGGUGAUGCACAUAAUCAACGCCACCCACUCACGGGUGGCGGAAUGACUUGUGCUUUGACGGAUGUUAACACCCUGACAAAAGAAUUAGACGGUGUGGAUUUACACAAUUGGGAUGCAGUCAAACUUUGUCUUCAUAAUUGGGAUUGGACGAGACGCUCAACCGCUGGAACGGUCAAUACUUUGAGUAUGGCAUUGUACGAUCUAUUCAGUGGAGACGAUGAUGAUUUGAAGGUGUUAAGGCAGGGUUGCUUUAGGUACUUCCUUCAAGGUGGAGAUUGUAUAGAUGGCCCUGUAGCUCUUCUUAGUGCUGUUAGACCAGAACCAUUGGUACUUUUCUAUCAUUUCUUUGCUGUCGCUUUCAAGAGUAUAUCAUUACUUUACGCACAAUCAAGCUCAAACGUAGUUUUCACAACUUUCAAAGCAAUACAUGUUCUCAAAACGGCAUGUAUCGUACUUCUCCCAACCAUGGUAAUGGAAUUAGUUCCAUACCCUCAACAUGUUUUGAAAUUUUUGCUCUUAGUAUCACUUUUCAUACUAGGUUUAGCAAUUCACAUACAAUCGCUCUAGAAUUAUACCCAAAAUGUAA